UAUGCUGUAUUCCUCUCUGGAUGACAUGAUCAGUUUCUUUUGAUCAGCAGAUUGUUACAGAGCUCAGGACAAAGCAGGGUUCAUAACUAAAAUCGUGUUUCUGAAAGUUAAUGAAAUAACUAGAACGGUGGAAAACAAUAAAAGGAAUUCAAGGUCACACGUCAAGCUGUAUUGCGAAAUCCUUUAUUAAAAGAGAUAGACCAAAGGCACCAGCUGUAAUUAAAGGUCCUUUAGGCCUUAAAUUUCAUUCGUUACAGAACGCUAUCGUGAUUGUCGACUGGAAAAGGUGUUAUUCCUCAGAACGAAAACCAUGAGGAGGCUCGAGUUCUUCAAGCUUUGUUCGAAUUCAUCAGAAACAAUCCCCCAGAAAAAGUAAGACCGCGUGGUGCACAAAAUGAACAAAUAAUACUGACAGGAGUGAAUACGUUUUUUAAGUGUGUCUUUAUACGUAUUUUCAGGUAGAGUAAUAAAGGGAAACUUACUUGAGUAAUAAUUUCAAGGAAUGAUUUCACUUAUUACCCGUUUAAUGUACUUUAUGUUUUAAGAAGAUGGCUAUUCUUUUGGCUUAUACCGCCGUGUAGUCUGGCAGAAGUUUAUCAACGUUUAAUUGUCCUGAUGAUGGAGGCAGCAAGGACCUCUGAAGCAUAGCAAACUUCUAUCAGACUACACGUCGGUAUAAGCCAGAAGACAGCCAUCUUCGUACUCACAACCGUGAAAAAAAUCAAAUCCUACCUUGUAUUUUAUUUCUCUGAGAUUCACAGCCACCCUGAGUCUCUGCAGCAGUAUGAAUGCACCUUAAGGCUAUCAUCAGAAGAAUGGUUUAGGAAGUAUAAAAGUUUGGUAGAGGCCAAAAUGUAGUGCAAGGUCCAGCUCACCACGAUCGUGCACUGCAGUGGUGUGACGCUGGGCAGAAACGAUGCUGACGUCGCACGUCUUCUGCCAAACAUCUGCGCAAAACAUCCAUUUAGAACACAGAUGCUUGUACUACGAAGCAGGACCUAACAACAAGUCGAGAUUCUAGUUUUCGUAAAAUUUACUCUAUACGCUAUCAGACCAGUUAUUACCCUGAUGACAGCAGUAGUAAACUCCUCUGAAACGUCGGUUAUCUACCAGACCAUGCUGUGCAAUGUUACAGAAUAAAACCACCGUUCAAACUCGUCACGGUGAGAACGUCAAAUCUCAGACUCUUCAUCGUGGAUCCAGCCUUGAACAAACAUGGUGAAUGAGGAUUCAUGCAGUGAUGGAGGCGAGUGGCGUAACACCUGAAGGACACAGUACAUUCGUAUGCAGUGCAUUGCCUCUUCGCAGUCCUUUUGAAAAGAACUUUAUUGAAACGUUCGAAAUGAAACUUUCCUUCAGAGAUCUUCACACGAGCUGCAGAAACCGUACUUCAAAUCCAACAAACUGAAGACAAGGAUACCUACGAAGCCUUGAAAUUGUCACAAGACAGACAAAUCCUGAAACACUCGUAUCUGGACAAUGGCAUAUCCCGGAUCGACGUCAGAUGCACUGCAGAAAGUAGUGGGAGGCUUCGGUCGUUGGCAGGCCGGUGUUAGCAUUCUGAUGGCAUUGCUGAAGCUGCCAAUAGCCUGGUUUCAGCUCGGCAUCAUUGUCCUGGAGGCACGUACUGACUUCUGGUGUGCCAGACCCCAUGGUCUGUAUCGUAAUUUUACCGUGGAGGAAUGGAGAAAUCUCAGUCAUCCUCGCCUGGGAAAGGGUGGUUAUGACGCAUGCAGGAUAUACGACCUCAACUACACGAUAGAUAUAGUGCAAGAUGUAGCCGAAGGGAGCAGUACUGUCGCGUGCCAGAACUGGGAAUACAGCAGGGACAUAUUCAAGGAAAACAUUGUAACAGAGUGGGACCUAGUCUGCGGUCGAUCCGUGUUGGUAGACGUAGCACAAGCGACUUUCAUGGCUGGAGUUCUGUUGGGCAACGUUGUGUUUGGCAUUGUUGCUGACAGAAUGGGUCGCAAACUGCCGCUCAUAGUGGCAAUUGCCCUGCAAGGCGCUGCUGGUGUCCUGUCAGCGCUCUCACCCUGGUUCAGCGGCUUCCUAGUGGCUCGUUUCCUCACGGCUUUGGCUACUGGAGGCACCAUGAUCAUCAGCUUUGUUCUAGUCAUGGAAAUCGUCGGUGACAAAUGGCGCACAACAAUAGCAAUUUUAUAUCAAAUUCCAUUCUCUCUGGGAAUGUGUGUAAUGACCGGGAUUUCUUACAUCCAGAGAGACUGGCGGGACUUUCAGUUCACUCUUUCAGCAAUAUCGAUGGUAUUCGUUGUCUACUGGUGGUUCAUCCCCGAGUCUCCGCGGUGGCUGUUGGCUGUGGGCAGAAAGAAGGAAGCCAUCCGCAUUAUGGAAAGAGCUGCCCGAUGGAACGGGCGAGACGUAGGUGUGGUCAAGGAAGUUCUGCAGAAUCUCACAUCCGAGCAGGAAGCUGUGAGCGCUGGCCGUAAGGCGACCCUGAUCGACCUGAUUCGUACACCGAACCUUCGUCGAAACUCUUUGUCUCUGUUCUUCAGCUGGUUCCUGGCAGGCCUCAUCUUCUUUGGCUUCACACAGAGUCUGGGAAGGAUUGGUGGGAACAUCUUCGUUACCACAAUCAUAGCAGGCAUCAUAGGUGUGCCUGGGACGUUGUUAUGCAUGUACGUAAUUCGCUUCGGGCGGAAGAAAACCAUCUGCAUAUCCCACAUUGUUUCCGGAACUGCCUGUCUGCUGCUUGUAGCUGUUCCUACUGGAAUGUUUCCUGGGGACUGGCCACGUGUGCUCCUGUCAGCGAUUUCACUCUCCGGAAUGAGUCUGACCUUCCCAACCCUCUAUGUUUUUUCUGGGGAAAUCUUUCCUACCGUGGUCCGAAACGUCGGAGUCGGUUCGUCAUCCAUGUUCAGUCGUUUAGGAUCUGUGCUCGCUCCAUUCGUCAAGUCUCUGGGUGCUUUUGGAGACUUCUGGCCGCCAUUGAUAAUUGGUUGCUGUUCUCUGCUGGGAGCUGCUGUGAUUUUCUUCCUUCCAGAAACGAAAAACUGUGGACUGUCUGAUACGCUGGACGAUGGAGAACAAUUUGGCAAGAAACAUUCCCAAGACAAGGAAAAUAGAAACUACAUCCAAGUAUCACAGCUGCAAAGCGACCCCGUCUGAUGUUAGGGCCUACUGUUGAAGUCGACUCCUUUAAGCUAGGUGACACUUUAAGUUUUGAGAAAUGUUACAUCUUAUGUUAUAUUAAUAUUACUGUAAACUUUUUGCAAUUGUUUUAUAACACGUUAGUGUUUUAAUUUUCUGAACUGAAUAAAAGAUUUAUGACUGUUUAAAUAAAUUCCAUUUCUUACAA